AGACGCUGCAAACGAACCAGAAAGAAAAGAAGAAGAACAGCACAUCAGUAAUGACUCCUGAAUUUUUGAAUCAACACAUACAACGCAACAACAGCAGCAACAGCAUACAAAGUAAUCACAGCAAUCACACGCCCUCAAUUUACAAUGCCAACAAUAAUCAUCGGCUAUCAGUCUCAUUAACACCUGUCACAACACCACAAUUGCUGCAACGUCAUAAUGCUACUGCCGGCGUUUACACACCACCAGCAACACCCCUAUCACCGCCCACACCACCACACACACCGCAAUUCAAUGCAGCCGGAGUGGGACGGAGUAAAAUUAUCGACGAGUCAUCACUAACGCAAAGCAAUGCGAAAGCCAAACCAACACCAACAACAACAGCCAGCGAUAUAAUAGGCAGCGUGUUGGGUGACUUCGGUAUUUGGCAGCUACGUUCGGUGCUCAUACUCUUUCUAUGCAAAUUACCCGCCUCCUGGUUCAUGGCCUGUAUAAUAUACACAGCGCCCGAGAUUAAACCACCCACACAAUAUCACUGUGACACGAGUCAGUUGAAUGCGAAUCAGACGAUAGCGCCGAAUCAGUGUUACGUGGUGAAUUGGAGUGGAAAUGUGGCGCCGAACGGCACCACGUCGGGUGAAAUGCUCUCACAAACCCCAUGUACAAAAUUCGUUUACGAAGAUUAUUUCUAUUCGUUCAUCAUGCAGUACAAUUUGGUUUGUUUGCGUGAAAUAUUCGUGGCCUGGACGCAGUAUUGGCAUCUGUUUGGCGUGCUGGUGGGCGGCGUUAUCGGCACCAAGGCGAUGUUGAGACUCAGUCCACGCACAGUCUACAUCAUAGGCGCGGUGCUGCAGAUCAUUUUGGGUGUAAUCACUGGUUAUUCUACUGAUCUGACAAUGCAUUGCAUCUUUCGUUGUCUGGCAGCUAUCUGCUGUGCUUUGAUGUUCACCUCGGCACAGGCAAUUUUCGUUGACAUCACUGGCGGUCGCUAUCGCACCGGUGUCAUCAUAUUGUACGACACCUUUUGGUCACUGGGCGUCAUUCUACUACCGGGCAUUUCAUCAUUUUUCAAUAAUUGGAGCCAACUUUAUCUGGGCAUAACUUUCCCCACAGUCAUUUUGCUGUUUCUACUCCAAUGGACACCGGAGUCGCCACGUUGGUUGUUGAAAAACGGCAACGAACAUGACGUCUAUCGUGUGGAACGCAUGAUACGAAAAGCUGUUGAUAUCAACGAACGUACUUUCCUCAUACCAGAUGACUUUCGACAACAAAUCGAACGAUUACGCGACACUCUACGUUCACAAAGGCCACCUGCCACCUGGCUGCAACUAUGGCAUGGGCCACGUGCCACACAUUAUAUGCUGGCAGCACAUGUUGCGCUCGCUUGUUACAUUGUUAAUUAUAUGGGCAUGUUGUUGAAUCUACGCUCUUUCGGUCGAGACUAUCGAAUGCCAAAUACGAUCGCGAUGGGUUUUGCUGAAAUUAUCGGUUGCUUCAUUGGGCUGCACUUUGUCAUGAAGCAGGGUCAAAAGAAAUUUAUGUACGCGGGUUGUUUCAAUGUCGUAGCCGGUCUUGUCGGUUGUCUAGGUUGGACUUUUACGCACGUGAACUUGAAUCCCGAUUUAAAAGUCGUGCUCUGGAUGAUCAUCGCUCUGGUGCCCAAGGUCAGCGUGUCUUGUGCUCAAUCCAUGAUGCAGGGUUGUAUGGCUGAGGUGAUGCCGGCACAUAAGAAGCAACCCUUCGCAUUCUCCGUGGUCACGUUUGCGCGCUUAUGGCUGUUGAGCGCGCCAUUCAUCAAUCUCCUAAAGAAGACCGAUGUAGCGCUCUCGCUCACAUUUUUCUCUGUGCUCACUGUGAUUGGUGGUAUUUGUACGUGUUUAUUGCAGCCACCAAAACAAAAGAAUACCGCUAAUCUAACCAUGAGUAAUGAGGUAUCGAAUAAAAAGGAACGUUCACCGUUAACCGCCACUGUAUGGACGGUCGAGAGUGAAGCGAAUAAUACGCGCCUAUAAGUAGAUUGCUCGAUUGCUAUCUACUUGCGCAGCUAAUCACUGUUCAUAUGUAUUAAUAGCGUUAUGUAUGUAUAUGUAUAUAUAAUUAAUACAUACAUACGUACAUACAAUUUUAGAUAAUUUAGCGUUUGUGCCAUUGGAAACAAAAUGUUCCCCUUUAAUCAAUAAUUAUUGUAUAUCUAAUUAAAUAUGUAAAUAGUUUGUAGUACAACUGUUAUAAUUGUUACAAAUAUAUGUACAUAUGUAUAUGUAUGUACAUAUAUAUAGUUCUGCUUAAGCACACUCAUCAAUUGAAAAUUGACAAUUAAUUAUAUGAAAGAAAGAGUGGAAUUAUUAAUUAUUUUAGUCUAAUAAAUCUGUGAUUAGUAAGCCAUGCUAAAUGAUACAUACAUAUAUUUUUUUUCUAUGCAAUCAAUUAAAUUUGCCAACUAACUAAUUGUACUUAUUAAGUUUAAACUACGAUGAACAUACACAUAUAUAUAAAUACAAGUAUGUGUGUACGUACGUAUAUAAUUACUAACUUACCAACGAUUCGAGCACUAUCAUUCCAUAAGAAAUGUAAAUACAUACCUAUAUACUUAUAUUAAAAAAAAAUACAUUAAGCCAAAUCAAUGCACAAACACAUACGAAUGUACAUACAA